AUGACAGAAUCAGAAGAAAAAAGCAACGAUGAAACGGAUCAGGCUCCUCGGAUACUGGAUCCAGAUUUUCUGGAUCGAACUGCUUGUCUUCCACCAGAUAUGCACAAUGAUUGGAUGAGUGUACUUGCUGCCGAAAAUAGCCGGCGCAUUAGUGAUGCUAAUGAGUGGAAUCACGUAUUUCAUACACCUCGUUCUGCUGAAUAUAUUUUCACCGCUUGUACAAGACUUCGUUUGCCACAGGAAGUGAAAUACAGUGCACUAUUAAUAUUUGACAAUUUUAUGGUACAGUUAGUCAGUCGCUUACAUGAAAGUGUGUACAAAUCGAAACGAUCCGAUCGGAAGAAAUAUCAGGAGUGGAAUCGUAUCGAAGCGACGUUAUCACGUCAAACGACGCUACGAAUGCUUUCAUCAAUUCAGAUCGCCUCCAAAAUGCAUAGCUACCAUGAAAGUUUGUCAAUUCAAACUGUAAAGCUAUGUCUGAAAACUUUGGGAUUUGCUUACACGGAAGAAUCCGUUGUGCGGUCUGAAUUACGCGUCUUAUCGAUGAUCGAUUGGGAGCCUGCUUAUCAUUGUACUCCACUCGUUUAUAUCGAGUCACUGUUUAAAAUUCUUCAAACAAAAUGGGGACAAAAUGUUCCAACAGGUGAUUACUGGCAGUAUAUCUUGUUGGUGUUGGAUUGUGUUUUCAUUCAUUGGGACGAUGUAUACAAACGAAUGAUGGCCAAUGUAAUGGGUCCGUCAGCAGACAUAGUUACACGUGAGCAAAUGUGCCGUGUGCAAGCGGACUGGUUUUUACUGGCUUGUGGAGUAAUCGUGACUGCUGCCUGUUGUAUCGACGGAAUGCAGGCUGCUGACAAAAUCACAAACGAAUUACACCGAUUAAGCAAUAUUCCAUUAGCUGAUAUAACAGACAUGAGUGUCGCCAUAAUCGAAUGCGUUAUUAGCCAGCAAGGAUCUACUUCCACCACCAGCAAUAUUUAAAUUUGAAAUAUUUUAGAGCUUGGAGGAG